GUUAUCGUUUGGUUUUCAUUUAGUUUCCGAACGUUCUUAAAAAUACAGUAUUUUCGCUGUUUUGUACGCGAGUAAAUUAAUUAAAAUUAAAUUAUUUUUCUUGUUAAAUGCAAUUAAAAUAAUGUUUUUAAACUAAUUUUUAUAUUUCACAUUAUAUAACUGGGAAUUCUCAAAUACAAUCUACUUGGGAGGUUCGAAAAUUCUACUCCAGUUAAAUUAGUUUGGUUCUCGAGACUUUAUGAACGUUCUAAAUGUUUUAUGCGAUUUCAAGGAUCUUCCUAAACCUCCCGUUCCGAAACUCGGAUUAACGAUUGAAAGAUAUCUGAAUGGUAUUAAAAGAAUAAUACCUGGAGAACAAUACGCAGUGACUGAAAAAUUAGCAAGAGAAUUUAAGGAUAGUGAAGAAGGAAACACCCUUCAAUAUCUGAUAAAGGAAUAUGCGGAAGAGACUGACAAUUACGUUACAGAAUUUUGGUUAAGUGACAUGUACUUGAGAUCGCCACUUCCACUUCCCAUUAAUUGUAAUCCGUUUUUUAUGUUACCAAAACAAUCAUUUAAGACUGAUCUUGAACGUUAUAGUUACAUCGCACAAUUCAUCAUAUUUUCUCUACUACAAAAGAUUAAAUUGGACAGAGAAGAAGUAGAGCAAGAUAUUGUUUAUACACAUGGGAAAGGUUAUCCUUUAUCCAUGGAUACGGCUUAUAAGUUAUAUUCUGGAUAUAGAAGGCCCGAUAUAGAAGACAAACAAAUAUUUGCCAAGUCGUCAAACCAUAUCAUUGUCAUUUGUAAUAAUCAGAUUUUUAGACUGCAAUUUGAAGAUAGUUCGGUUUAUCCCAGUGAAGAAGCAUUAUGCAAAAUUCUUACAAAAAUUGAAGAAGAGAGUGUGAAAGAACCUAUUUAUCCUCCUGUAGGGAUCAUUACAACAGCGAGUCGUCUGGAUUGUUCAAAUUUUCGGCAGAUUCUAUCAGAAGAUAUAAUUAAUCAAGAAUCAAUUCAGAAAAUCGAGGAAUGUCUCUAUAUUUUGUGUAUGGAUAAUUCUUUAAGGGAUAUCUUAAAAAGUGCAAAAGAUUCAAACGAGAGAAAGGAAAUUAUGGCACGCCAUAUUUUUCACGGUAGCAAAAUUGAACAUUCUAGUGGAAAUAGGUGGUUCGAGAAAUGUUUACAAUUUAUAAUAACUAAAAAUGGAGUUAAUGGAGUUUGUAUGGAACCUUCAAUUUUGGAUGAAAGUGUUCUUUUACAAUUUUUACAGGAGUUUAUGCUUUUUCUGAAAAUAAAUCGUCCUAGAAGGAGAAUUAUGAAUUCUAUGUAUCUAGAGAAAUUAAAAUGGAUAAUACACCCUAAAGAAGUUUUAGAAAUUGAGUCAGCUGGUUAUAAAAUUAAUCAACUCGUAAGCGAAUUAGAUCUGAAAAUAAUGAAAUUUACUAAAUACGGAAAGGAAUUCAUCAAAAGGAGAAACCUCAAUCCUGAUGUUUAUAUUGAAAUAUGCAUACAAAUGGCUUAUUUUAGAUUAUAUAAAACGUUAACAUCAACAUAUCAAGCCGCUUCGUUACGCAAAUUUAGAUAUGGAAGAUUUGAUAAUAUUCGUGUUUCCAGCGAAGAUUUAAUGAAUUUUUUCGAGAUUUUUUAUGAUGAAACUGUCAAAAAGGAAGAAAAAGUAAAACUUUUCCUUAAAGUCAUUGAGAAACAAAUUGAAAUGUAUAUUUAUUUUAAAAUGUAUAUAUAUUUUUAUGUAUAUGUGAAGACCAUUAAUGGAGAAGGUCCUGAUAAUCAUCUUCUAUGCUUGAAAGAAUUUUCUCACAACAAAAGACAGUAUGAUCCAGCACUAUUUAGAGAUAAAUCGUAUCAAGAAUAUCUAAACUUUUGUCUGCAAAUAAAGCAGAUUAAUUCCAAAUAUAAUAUAAUCGUGGGAUAUGGACCUAUGACGAGAGACGGCUAUAGUUGCUGUUUUAAUCUUCAAGAACAUCAAAUAAUAUUCACUCUGACAUCAUUUAAUACAUUCGAAAAAACAGAUUUGCAAAGUUUUGCCCAACAUUUGACAUCAAGUUUGAUCGAAAUCGGCGAAUUUUGUGAAAAGAAUUUACGAAAACUCACAAUAAACACCAAAGAGAAAUCAUUGCGUAAAUUAAAGCGAGAAUAAUUAUCUAAAUCGAGUCAUAAAGUUUAUUAGCUACGAGAUGUUACCAUUGACACCAUGAUUAAAUUUCUUUAAUUGAAUAAAUUAAUUUCAAAAU